AUGCUGCCCACGCCCGAUACCUCACACGUGGCGUACGAGAGAGUAUACGAGCCGGCGGAAGACUCCUUCCUACUGCUAGACACGCUGUCCUCCGCCUCCGAGACAGCAUUCCUCCAGACCCGCUUCGGAGACGGCUAUGUCCCGCUGGUAGUCGAGGUAGGCCCCGGGUCGGGCGUAGUCAUCGCCUUCGUCAACGCACAAGCGCAAGUCCUCUUCGGAUCGCGGAACGUCUUGACAGCAGCCGUCGACGUCAACGGGUACGCGUGCAAAGCGACAAGCGAGACGGCGAAAAAAGCCGCACUAGAAAACGCCGCCGCGACGACGACGACGACGACGACGCACGGGAGCUUUCUCGGCGCGUUCCAGGGGGACCUAGUUGCGCCGGUCAGGGACCAGUCGGUAGACGUCUUGAUUUUCAACCCGCCGUACGUGCCGACGCCCCAACUGCCCAAGCAGCCGGGACAGGCGGAUUUGCCGCAUCUGGGUGCGGAGCCGACGUUUGACGACGACUCGUAUAUGCUCUCGCUGUCCUACGCGGGCGGUAGAGAUGGGAUGGAAACGACGGACCGGCUGAUUAAUAGCUUGCCCCGAGUACUUUCUCGCAGGGGAUGUGCGUAUAUCCUGCUGUGCGCGCAGAACAAGCCGGACGAAGUCAAGCAGCGGAUCCUAGGCCUCGGAGAAGCGUGGAAGGUCGCGACAGUGGGGACUAGUGGGAAGCAGGCCGGAUGGGAGAAGUUGCAGAUCAUCAGGAUCUGGGCAGAGUAG